AUGGACACGAGCGACCUUCGAACGAAAGCCGCUGAGGCGGCUGAGCAACUUUCCCACACGGCCAGUAAUGCGGGUGAGCAGCUUUCGAAGAAGCUGAGCGAGACGGCCGAGUCGAUCCGCCCGACAGUACCGCCCCCUGUGCCGGACCGCCGUGUCCCGGCGGCUUCGGCGGCGACACCGAGCAAGAGCGCGACGGUGCCUGAGGGCAGCGAUGCGGCUUCUGGUGUGCAGAAGCCCGAAGAGCCGCCUGUGCCUUGGUCGGUGUCGAGCGAGACCGCGACGGCGCGCGAGGCCAGCGAGGCGGCUUCUGGUGUGCAGAAGCCCGAAGAGCCGCCUGUGCCUUGGUCGGUAUCGAGCGAGACCGCGACGGCGCAUGAGGUGGCCUCCGAUGUGCCAAAGUCCGAAGAGCCGCCUGUGCCUUGGUCGGUUUCGAGCGAGACUGCGACGGCGCGUGAGGCCAGCGAGGCGAAGCCCGAAGUGCCGCGUGCGCCUGCGGCUUCGAGCCCCCUGACGCUGGGCUCAGCGCCGAGGGAAGCACCAGUGGAUAUGGCGCCGGGCGGGAAGGUGCGCCUGACGCACUAUCCCGCCAUCAAGAAUGCGGUCCUGCCCGCGGAGGGCAACGGGAGCUUCAACAAUGUGCACCUGGCCCUGCUAAUCUUCUUUACGCCGGCCGUGCUCCUGCGCCUGCUGCCGUUCGUCAAGGCCCGCUGGUUCGGCUGGACAUCGUACAUGGUGCUUGUGGCGCUCUGCGGUGUGCCUGUGGCGAUCCUGUACUGGACGGCGAUGAGCAUGUACGGUGCACGCAUCAAUGAGAAGGUGACGCUGCCGAACCGGCCGCUGGAAUACUAUCUGGACAUCAAGGACGAGGCCCUGCGCCGCCAGUACCACGGCCAUCACAAGAUCCCGAUGCAGGUGUUCUGGGAGGCAUACUUUGACGGCAAGAUUGAGGUGAAGGGCGAGCUGCUCGAUGUGCUCGAGUACCGCUGGGACUGGGCGGCCAUGCACUUUACGCCUGAGCUCUUCCGCUAUGUGCUGUUCAAGAUGCUGCCGGACGUGCUGCUGCACAGCUCGCGCCAGGAUGAGGAGCAGAUCCGAGACAACUACGACCGGGGCAACGACUUCCACGAGUGGUUCCUGGGCCCCCAGAUGGUGUACACGACCGGUAUCAUUUCUGACCCGAACCGUGAGGAGACGCUGGAGGAGCUACAGGACAACAAGCUGAACCUCGUUUGCUCGAAGCUGGCGCUGCAGCCGGGCGACCGUGUGCUGGACAUUGGCUGUGGCUGGGGCACGCUGGCCACGUUUGCCGCCAAGAACUAUGGCGCGGAUGUCACGGGUGUUACGCUCGCGCGGGAGCAGGCGGCGUUCGGCAACGAGCGCAUCAAGAAGAACGGCCUUACGCCCGACCAGGCGCGCAUCCUGUGCAUGGACUACCGCGACAUUCCCGUGCAGCCGGGCCACUACAACAAGAUUGUCACGCUGGAGAUGGCUGAGCACGUGGGUAUUCGCCACUAUGCCAAGUUCCUGCAGAAUGUGUACGAGCUGCUCGACGAUGACGGUGUGAUGGUGUUCCAGGUCGCCGGCCUGCGGCCGCGCUGGCAGUACUGGGACCUGAUCUGGGGCCUGUUCAUGAACAAGUACAUCUUCCCCGGCGCGGAUGCCUCGUGCCCCCUGAACUGGGUCAUUGGCCAGCUCGAGCGGGCAGGCUUUGAGGUGCGCUCGUGCGAUGUCGCUGGUAUCCACUACUCAGCUACGAUCGACCGCUGGCUGAAGAACUGGAAGAAGAACGAGGCCAAGGUCAAGGCGAAGUACGGCGAGAAGCUGUACCGUAUCUGGCACUUCUUCCUCGCGAGUUCGAUCAUCAUUGCCCGCGAGGGCGGCUCAAGCCUGUUCCAGAUCACUGUGACCAAGAACCUGAACGCCACGCACCGCAUCGAAGGCGUCGCCUCGCACGGCAGCCUUCUGCCGCGUCCCUUCCCAAGCAAGCCGUACACCAGCGUCUACAAGUAG